GGGCGAGAGUAAAGUCAACCAAACACACUUACACCUCUUCACAUGUACGGUUUUAAGUGCGUGCCUUGCUGAGUGUGGUUCGGAAAAUACACCUUUUUCGGGGAAAAAUCGCAUUUUCCUGCGGGUCGCGUGUGCUUCGGUCGGUCGGUCGGUCGAUUCGUGGAAAACCAACGUGGAGGUUGAACACUGAUAACGUGCGGCGGAGUGUCGAAUCAGUUUUGUGUGGAUUGUAAGCGGCUCAGCUGAUCGUGAAAAGUGUAUUAGAAGUGUAUCGGGAACCUUGAAGACGAAGACGAAGAGAACGAGGACGGCGAUAGUGCUCGUGGGCGAGGUUCGGGUCGACGUCGGUGGCGCGGGUGGUUCGCUUCGGAAAAGCGCCAGGCGAUCGAAAAUAUGGGCGAUAAUUGGCACCCUCGUGGUGGAAUUCGCGUUCGUUGUGCACUUCUCCUCGGGGGUCGACGGCGGAGUGAGAGGAAAAAAGUGCGAAAAUGUUAUUAAACUUGUUUUGCGCCCGUUUUCGUCGUCUUCCAAGAUCGCCUUGGUGGGUGGAAGGAUGAAAAUUCUAACCUCACUUUCUGCUUGAAUGGUUUCGUUUCGUGAUGCGAGGAGAAAAAAGAAAAGAUCGGCUCCCAUGGUCGACGGUCAAUCAAUGAAAGAAUCCUGCUUUGAAGAUCGUGUUGUUUAUAUUUGUGAGAAGCAAUACAGACCAAGUGAUGUGUAUUGUCAAAGUGCUAUUGAAUGAAAAGUGAUUCGAAAUGAUUUUUCUCAAAUACUGUCUCGAGUUGAGGUUAGUUCCCGAAGGCGAAAAGAGCGAGACAAUUUAUUUAUAUGUGCAGAAAUAGAAGAAAAUAAAAAGGUCUAAAAUAUUUCAGCACUCGCGCGAGUAGCUCGCGUUUCCAUCACACACAUCUAUAGUCGCUUGGGACAAGAAGCGCCGAGCUCAGAGUCAGACGGCCAAAUAUUAAUGAAGCAAAAUAAAAAUAAACAUCAAAACAGCAUAAUAAAACUCCAACUAUUCGUACGUAGGAGCCGGGCGGGAGCAUUUCUGUCGAGUGCUAGGUGUGUGAUUCUGACGGCAUAGUCUUUGGGCGGCAGACAGAAGAGGUCGGAGAAAGAUCGCUCAUCAGGCGCAUCGUUUCAAGCAAACUGCAGUCGGCGAUAGCGGUGAAUGAAGAAAGUGCAUGGUAGAAUGAUUCUGCGCAAUGUGUGCCAAAGUGUGUCCUAAUAAUGUGUAUAAGAUAUGUAGGAAAUAAUGUGUUUUUUUUUUCUGAAGUCAAAGUGCAAUAAGCAGCUUAUAUCACAUGUGUGCCUUUUAGUAGUGUCUCUCUUUGAGAACCACUGACGUGGUAGUUUCUAGUGUAGUGUUGCUUUCACCGGCAAUAGCUCGGUGAAACCUAAUCAGCCGCAGUGGCCCCCCAGAAUGUGUCCAGCGGUGCCGCGGGGGCCAGCCGAAUGUACGGGCUGAUCUUUGUGCUGCUUACUGUAGUGCUGUCGUCGGCGAGCCCCCUGGCGGUCCCAACAGUGGCACAACUACACCACAAUAAUCAACGGAAGCAAAGUGAAAAAUUGCCAUCGUCAACGAGUCAAAUGCUGAGCCAUCAGCAGCAACAGCAUCCAAGAGUUCCUCAAACUCAGGAACAACAUGGUUAUCGUAAGCUUGAUUCAGUGUCUUCGACUGAUCUGGUACGAUUUUGGCCGGGAACACCUCCAGAUUUAUACAAUAUCACACUAAGUGCGAUGAAGCAAUAUAUUCAAAGUCAGUUAAAUUUGACGGGUCUAGGUAGAGGUCCUCGGAAGCGAUCUCAUUACUAUUCGGAUGCAGAUCUUGAGUUCUAUAAAAUAAUCAAAGAGUUUAACAUUACUCAAUCAGCGACAGGUUCAAAUCCAUCAAUUCAUAGCGAUAAUGGAUCAUCUGUAUCGAAUGUUGCUCAAAAUCCUGAUGUGUUUCGACCUGAUAUGACCAUGGAUGUAUCAGAGCUACCGGAUCAUGAUCUACAAGUUGAUGACCCGAUGGCCUCAUUCGAGCGGUCUGUUGAUCAUUCCAACGAUCUGUCUGCAUCGAAUACUGGUGCAGGUGGACGAGAUCAUACCGAGCUUGGUGCCACAAGCAAUGCAAAGGAUUACAACGUGCUGAUGGACGAUCCACGGGGAUACAUUACAGCGAUUUCGUCCUUCCCCAAUCGCCCGAUGAAAACGACAACAUGGGACUCGGCUUUCGUCAGACACAAAGGAUACGUUUACUUCCUGCUGUCGUUUUCGCUGAUCGGCGCAGUUGUGCUGGGCCUGUUCGGUGCGUAUCGGUGUCUCCGUGUGGCCGCCAUCCGCGUUCCGCCACCCGAGGCUCUGGCCUUGCCGAUUCAGUUCAUCAGCGACGACCUUGCCGCGGCGGCCGCGGCAGCAGCAUCAGCAGCAACUCUAAACGCCGACCCGAACCAUCUGCCUGUACCCAUGCUAUCGGUACAGUCGCCCGGCUACGCGGGAAUGGAGCGGCUCGGCGUUCCUACCCGCAGUUCGAUUAGCUCACCACCUCUUAGAGAUGAACGCCGGCGAUUACGAGUAGAGUCCGGCGUGACAGCGAGUAUCGCCACCAACAACACCUACCAGCAUCUUCCCAACGUGCACCAUCACAGCCAUCACGCGCUUCACCACCAAGAUCAUCUAUUAGUCAGCGGUAGCAGUAGUCAUAAUAGCAAUUUUAUGAACAAUCGUAGCCAUCAAACUCAACAGCAGUAUCAUCAAACGACGGCGGCGACGACGACGACCUCAACGUCCGGGAGUCGCCACAAGGAGGCAAGUUCUGGUUCCAGCAGCGGUAGCAGUAGCAGCAGCAGCAACUACGGCAAACCCGGUCACCAUCAAAGCUCCAGCAGUAUCUACGGAGGAAACAACAACACCAGUUCGUGCGGGACCAGCAAUAGCCGGUGUCCGCACCAUGUGGCCCUACCCGAUGGCGAACGGGGGCCGGACCGGGAUCUGCAGAUACGGUCGCCGUCCAGCCAGGAAUCGGAAAUCCCGCGCACGUACGUUAAGGCCCCACCGAACAAAACGGUACGGGACGUUCCGGCCCAGUACCAAUCGGGCGCGUCGUCCACGUCGUCGUCGAUGAGCAAUCUCAACAGCCAUCUCCGUGGAGGAGUGGGAGGCUCGGGAACAAUGAGCCACUCGCUCAGCGGAGGUGUCAGUAUGGGUAACCGAGCAGUCGGUUCAUCCAGCACCGCUGGAACUAACGCCAGCACCACCAAACCCAAGGCUGAUAAACUGAAAGAAAUCCUGCGAUCAAUCACAGGUAACAAAUCAAUAAAAUCAACUAGCAUUAGUAGUAACAACAAUAAUAUUAACGGAACUCUAAGUAGCAACACUAGCUGUAAUAAUAACAAUUAUCGGAACAAUCCCUACGGGAACGGAAGCUUGGUCGGUUCUAGUGGUAGUCGGAGUGGGUUGAGCUCAUCCAACAGUACGAAUCAUGUAGCAGUAAGUGGAAUACAUAAUCAUAAUCAUCAUUAUCGGCAAUCGAUAGCGUCGUCGGUUCAGCAGAGGCAGCAUCACCAUCAUCAUCAGCAGCCAUCCCAAAGUGGCCUCUCCUCGUCGGUUCCGAAUGCCUCCUCGGGGUCCUCGCUUGGGGGAGGUAGCAAUACGCCAAUGUCCUUGUCCGCAAGUCCCAGUCCGGACACAAGCUCUCACUACAUGUGACCGGAAGGCCGCUCGCUACAGGAUAGUUGAAAUGUUGACGCGGGUCAUUCGGAUGAUCUGUUUCCUUUUUUAUUCGUAAAGCUAGCUAAUCGAUGUCGUGAUAAUAUUUGUGAUUCUGUGUAUGAAAACGGACAGGGAAGAGGACACUCCCCGGGAAAACGGGAAGGCAUCGCUGGGGCUAGGUCUAAGACUGAUGAGGUAGUUCCGCUGCGCUGUUCAUAUUCUGCUUUGUGCAGAGGUGGUUGCACCGAUUGCGGACUUCCUCUGAGAGCAGGGUCAAAAGGAUCAGCAGUAGUAGCCGGUGAUGAUGCUACCCGUCGCUGCACCGACGCUGGCGCCGGUUGCCAUGUGAUGGAACUCGAGCUCGAUGACAGGCUGUAAUCAAAGAAUUCAAAGUGUUCAUAUAAGGAUCGGCGAGCUGUAUUGAGAAGGAUGGAAUGCACAUUUCGAAACAUUUUAGCGGAAAUGAUCUAAGUGGACGGCUAGGGCGAGUACGAGUCGUCUAUUUUGUUGGCCACCUUAGAUCAUCGAAGGAGGCCAACAAAAACAGUUGAAUAUACUUAUACCGAUUAUGGAGAAGUGAAUCGAUUUGUUUAAAACAUCCUACGACCGAAGCUCAACUGCCAUGAUUUCAAAAUUCAAAGAAAUUUUAGAUUACCCAAAAUUCAAAACGCUUUCAUGGCAAUAUCCAAAACUUCAAAAUGCCAAUUUUUUUCGAAGAUCGGAAAACCAACCAAGUACAAAAUGUCAUCGCUCGUAUUCGUAGUAGGCUUCGGGCAAACGAUCUCACUGCGAUUUUAUUACCACAUAGCUAGAAAUAAAUUAUUUUCUAUUUCGCUUGGAGAGCUCAAUCAAAUCUGCACCAGAAGCCGACAAUUUUUGCAGAAGAAAAAAAAAAGCAAAUUGUAAGCAGGAAAACAAGAAUAGACACUUCCAGUAUGAAUGAGUUGUACAUUUUAUUUCUUUCGUGUGUAGCCUAAAAAUUCACGUAGUAGUCCCCGAAAAUCCCCCGACUUUUAAAAGUAAAUAUAUUUUUACAGUAGCGCGUAAGAAAAUGAACAGAACUAAGUAAAGAAGUAUCAAAUCCAUGUGCAAGACUACCAUUUAGUAAAGAGUGCAACCAAAACGACGAACGAGGAACUAUCAAUAACGGAAGGGUAAUAAAGCGAAUAAUGUAAUAGGAACUACAAUUUGAAAAUCAUAAAAAAGAAUAAAAAUGACAGCCGUUCCGCCCUUUGACAUGUUGAAGGGUAGAAAGAAAAAUACUAGCGAAAUUUUAUUAUUUCUUAAGUUAAAUUAUUUAAUUCUAAAUCAAUUGUAUUGGCCGAAAGGAGUUAGAUACUCGUAAAUAGUCCUAACAGAAAAUAAAAGCUAGUACAUUGAUGAACAAAUGAACCAACAACAGAAAAAGUAACAGUUCGCUUCUUUAUAAAUCCAGUUUAUGCAUAACACUAAAAUAGUAACACAAAAAGGAAUGGAAAUAGCUCAAGUACUACCGAAACACAAUAAUUAUGUAAUGCGCACUGCUUAAAAAUAUUAAAAAAUACAAACACAUACAAAAAAAAACAGGCAGACCCAUAUGGCAGCAACAACUACACACGUUACAAACCUACGCGUAAACAAUAAAACAGUGUACCGCAAAGCAAAACAAAAUUAAAUGAGAAGCUUUUUCGUCAAUAGCAGCAGCAAACAAUAAACUACAACUUUUACUACUACAAACUACAUAACAUAUUUACUACAGAAACUACUACUAUAAAGAAAGCAAAACCGCAGCAAACCAACAAACCAACCUACAACUACAAGCAACAGAAAACAAAACUACAUCCACACACAUAACUAUACCACUUACAUAGAUCACAUGGCUGGGAAUGUGUAAUCUUUCUAUUUAAAACAAAGGAAUCAUCCGCAGGUGAGAGAGAGGCGACUACAGAAAAAAGGGAAGGAGUGAGCGUAAUAGUUUUAAAAGUAGGCAAAGGAAUCAAGUAAACUAGAGAAAACAGUAAACUUCGGAGAGUUUAAGUUUAGCCAAACGAAGCGCGAGAGAGAGAGAGAAAGCUAGAAAGAGAUUAAGGGUGCAAAAAGCACAGACUUGGAAUGGUUUAUGCAUCGGGUUUGUGAGUUUGGAAACUUACACAACCGAUUUGUAAACUUUUUCAACAGUGUAGAGCGAAAGAGUUCCAGCGCAGAAGAAUGUAAAUACACUUUAUUCUAAUUCAGCAAAGAACGUUGAUUUCGUCAGGAGGCCUUUUGCCCGAGAAAAAGGCGAACAGAAAUAAGCCGACCAUUACACAUUUUUUUAGAUUGGUUCAGUGAAACCGCGUCUGGUCAUAGAUUUGGGAUUUCGAACGGAAAAUGAAAUGGCUUACGACGAGAGAGUGAAGGUUUUCGCGAAUGAAUUGUGAUAAUUUACCAAAUUGAUUAAACAAAAAAUCAUUUUACUCAUAAAACCCCUCCAGAUGGAGGGGCAUUUAAAUUCAAAGUUAGGAUUCGUUUUUAAUUUUGGGAACACUACCACAAAAAAGAAAACUGAUGGAGGAGAAAAACACCUAGAGGUAAGGAUUAGGGAAAUGAAUUUUCAAAAUUUGCAGCUAAAUAUCAACCAAAUUAUUCAAAAUUUCAAAUGGGGUAGGCUAAAAGUAGGCGUAAAGGUAUCCAAAAUAAAUAAGUAAAGUUCCACACGCGGGAUGAUAGAUGGAUGUUUCGAAUCAGAUUUAAUCAAACCCCGGAGAAGGGAUUGCGAGGCUCGCUCGAUGCAAGUGUACAGAAAAUUGUGCUUAAACUGACGGGAAUCAAUUGGAUGUGAAACGACACAAAAAAACGUGUGAAAUUCACACAUCAGCCAUGAUGAUAAUGAAAUUCAUUAAACAAUGAAAUGCAUCAACUUAUGUUAGUGUGUAAAUUUCACGCAACUUUUAUGUUGAUCGACAUUCAGUUGAUGUUACGCAUACUAAGCAUAGUUUCUGCAUUUUCAGUGUGUAGCGUUGCCCAGGAAGAUAGAAAGCGAAAGUACGACACGAAGCAGUUUAUUUAAUAAACUAAAUGUAAUCGUAAGAGAAAGUGAAAUUGUGAUAUAUACAAGGUAAAGAAUUAAUAAAAUACACGGAAAACUACUAAGCGGUGUUCAUUACGUAUAGAAUGGAGAACCAGUAAUAAGGGAAUGUAGCGUAAAGUAAUUUUAAUCGUACGGUGUUUGUGUGACAGGAAAUAAGGGUGGAUUGCGCUGUUAGUAGUAUAAUAAUGUGAAAAUUCCGAAUUAGCGAAGAACGAACGAUGUUCGAGUAUUUCCGAAUGGCGGUGGCGAAGCAGAUUGGGAGGUUAACCCUACAGCCGAUCGAUUUUGCGAGCUCGGUUUUGUGGCCAUUGGAAAGCAAAAUCUCAACUCUUGAGCCUU